AUGGGCGACGCACCUACCAAACCAGACUGGCGCGAAUUGGUCGCCAACAAACAAAAACAACUCCAAGACGCCAUCCCGUCCGAAUGGCGACUCAGCGAUGAAUUACUGCAAUCCCUACCUGUUUCAUCUCCAAAAGGAGUCCGCCUGAUCGAAGCUGACAUUCCUCGGAAAUGUGGACUUUUGUCUGUUACCGAGCUGGAUAUUACGGAGAAUUACUCGGCUGGUCAACUGCUUCAGAAACUCGCAGCGGGAAAUCUGACCUCGUUGGCUGUGACGACGGCUUUUUGUAAGAGGGCUGCUAUUGCGCAGCAAUUGACAUCAUGCUUGACAGAGCAUUUCUUUCCUCGCGCCCUCGAAAGAGCGCAAUACCUUGACGGUUAUCUGCAACGUGAAGGAAAGCCAUUAGGUCCUCUUCAUGGUCUUCCUAUCAGCAUCAAGGAUAGUUUCUGUCUUGAAGGCGUUCAGACUACAGUUGGAUAUGUCUCGUUUCUGGAACAUCCCCCAGCAAAAUCGAAUUCAGCUCUGGUUGACAUGCUGCUGGAUCUUGGUGCUGUGCUUUAUGUCAAGACAAAUAUUCCGCAAACCAUGAUGACUGGCGACUCGGAAAACAACAUCUACGGACGCACGUUGAACCCGCACAAUACAAGCCUUACAGCUGGCGGGUCUAGCGGUGGUGAAGGCGCCUUGACUGCCUUCAGAGGAUCUAUCCUAGGCGUGGGCACAGAUGUAGCUGGCUCAAUUCGCAUACCUGCUCUUUGUUGUGGUGUUUAUGGCUUCAAGCCAACGGCUGACCGAGUUCCUUUUGGCGGCCAGGUAUCUGGAGGCAUGGAGAGUCUACCAGGAUUGAAGCCUUCGGCAGGACCAUUGGCACACAGUCUGGAUGAUAUAGAACUAUUCAUGUCGACUGUCCUUGAUGCUGAACCGUGGAAACACGAUGUGACUGCCGUUGGAGUUCCAUGGAACAAGUCUCUUGCUAAUAUAGAUGAACCACGAUUGACCAUCGGCGUUCUCGAGCAAAACCCUCAACUACCACUCCAUCCACCUGUCGCUCGGGCUUUAGAGUCAGCAGUCAAAGCUUUGGCAGCAAAAGGGCAUAAUGUGGUCCGACUGAAACAUGACCCCGACAGAGAUAUUGCAUUUGCCAACCGUCUUGGUUUCCAAUAUUUCGUCUACGGUCCUCAUGUCGACAAUAUCACCCCUAGCGGAGAACCAAUGGUGGAAUCAGUCGCCAAAUCCUCCUCACCGAUGUUUACAGGUCCAUUCCCCGUAUCCCAAGAGCUGGAUAUAGUGGAGAAAAUCGACGCAUUGCACAAAAUUCGACACCAAUAUACUGAUAGCUGGCGCAAGGUCUGGGUUGAGAAUAAGCUCGAUUUGAUCUUGGCUCCUUCUGCACAGAAUACAGCAGUUCCACAUGACACCUAUGGCUGGCCACCGUAUACGUUGUUGUGGAAUUUGUUGGAUUAUCCUGCCUGCGCAAUCCCGUACGGAAUGUCCUCCAAGGAACUCGAUCCAACCCCUAUGAUUAUCGAAGAUGGCGUACAGCCGAGCUAUGACCCAGCGGCGGUAGACGGAGCGCCAUGCUCGAUUCAAGUAAUCGCACCGCGGUUCCAAGAUGAGAAGUGUCUCUUUGGAGCCCGGAUUAUUGAUCGAGAUAUUCGAUAG